AUGGUUUUCAAGGAAUAUAUCAGAAAUAUUAAAUUAUUUUCCAGAGUUGGAAAUAGUUUCGUGGUGGGGGGAAAGUUGUGCAAGUGUUGUCCCUGCCGCCAGGGCAGGGGAAAAUCAUUAGAAAUAGAGGAAAAUAUUUGCGGAAAAGAGAACCACGAUCAUCAGUUGUUCAGAACGGAGGGAGAUAAUGAUAAAGAAAAAGAUAUCGAAUGUGAAAAAUCAUCGGAUCCGCCUUUGCUGAUAUCAUUGCAAACUCAGCUUCACGAUAUCGAAAAAAUCGAAAAAAAGCAAAAUGGUGACGAUUCUUCAUCGAGUUCGACUUUUUUUUCUAAAAACUCUAGCAUCAGAAAAGAUCAUCGUGGUUCGGAAGAUUCGAGACAAUUUCAAAGCUCUCCUUCACCUACUUGCAGCAUAUCAAAUAUUUAUUUGAUUAAAGGCAGAAGAAAAAAGAAAAUAAGUCGAAGUGUAACAAGUACUAGCAGUGAAACAAGUGUUCCGGCUGGUACUUUAGUAAGUACUUAUGCUGGAGGAAGCGGAAGUGGAAACGUUGCAAAAAUGCAAGCCGAGCAAGGAUCUAUUAAAGAGCUUAAAAGCUACCAGACCAAUAGGUAUUUGAGAAACAGGAGACACACACUUGCUAACGUUCGGUGA